GUCAAGAGCAUGGAGUACCAUCGGCAGGUGUUGCAGUCCAGAAUUGCCCAGGAGCCUUCUAAGCAAUACAUCUCCCCGUCUGACACCAUCAUGAGCCCAUGCACGGCAAAGCUCUCGGCGUUGCGCAACAAACAAGUCUCUAGAGCCAAACCAAAGUCCCUCUUUGCCCAAGCGAGCACUAAGAGAUUCCAGGGCGAGAAUCCCUUCGGC